UAAAAAAAAUUGACAGAAGAUUAAUUAGUCCUCCGUCUCCGACCUCAACAUUUAGGGUAUUUCUUGUAUGCAUUGCAGAGGUUCGACUUGUACACUGUACCGGUAUGACCUACAUGUAUGAGGGAUUGUGGAAAUUGACUUGAACUUCUGGGGAAACAAACAUGACACAGGACAGUGAUGUCGUCGCUGCGGUGCGGUGCAUCAACAUUAAGAAGCAUUACGGGCGGGGCACCAGCCGUCUGGAAGUGCUGCAAAACCUGAAUAUGUUGGUGCCGCGGGGAACCAUAUACGGGCUUCUGGGACCCAGCGGCUGCGGCAAGACCACCCUCCUGCGGUGCAUUCUGGGAAGGCUGAGCAUGGACCAGGGGACCAUAUGGACCCUGGGCAAGGCGCCGGGAACCAGGGGGCACGGGAUACCGGGGAGCAUGGUGGGAUACAUGCCUCAGGAAACCGCUUUGUAUGAGGACUUCACCAUCAGCGAGACUCUCAACUAUUUUGGCACCAUCCAUCGGAUGCCCAAGGACGUCCUCAAGGCAAGGAAGGCCUUUCUGAUCAGCCUGCUGGAUCUGCCUUCUAUGAAGUCAAUGGUCGGAAACCUCAGUGGUGGUCAGAAGCGUCGGGUGUCCUUCGCCGCAGCCCUGGUGCAGAGCCCACCUCUACUCAUUCUGGAUGAGCCAACGGUUGGAGUGGAUCCCUUACUCCGAAUGAGGAUCUGGGAACACUUAUUGGAGUUUGUGAAAGAUUGGAACACCACCAUCAUCCUAACCACCCACUACAUCGAGGAGGCGCGCCAGGCAAACAUUAAAUUCAUCAGCUCCUUGUUCUACCAUGUACUACCCGGCCGUAUGGGCGGCCUAAUCAUCUCACCCACUAUGCUAAAGAUUAACUACCGUGAUUGAUGAACAGUUGAACUCACUCCUACGUGCUUGCCCCAACGAAUCUGUUUUAUAAGCCAGCGGUUUGUGGGUGAAAUCGUUGACAGUUCCAUUGCUUUCUUUCAUUCUGCAAGAUUUGUUUUAGGUCCUGUCUCUCCAAACGUAACUCUUGGGCUUUUCUGACCCAUUUUGUCAGCACCAGUUAUGUAUUUGUAUUGGUGCCGAAGCCGUGUCAAAGUAACAGAGCGCAUGUUGCGUACAAAUUUGUUAAGUGUAGAGUGGCACCAUAUCAAAAGUGCAUUGAUAUCAACGUGAUUUUAGUUCUGAGCACUUUGUCAUUACACUUUGUUGUGACCGGCUUUAAAAUGU